AUUACUUGGUCGGAGACACAUUCACGCGUGGCCCCUGUACCGCAGCUCAUCGCGGUGUUUCACACUCAAGUAGAAGCGUGGUGAAACAGAUCUGCGCGAUGGAUACAGUGGGCUGAGCGGAUAAAACAUUUGUCAGAGGAUCUUUUCUCACAGGAUCUUUUCUCAGAGGGUCUUUUCUUAGAGGAUAUAUUUUUUUAUGGCUUAUGCAUUCAGUUAAUUGUGGUAAAUAUUUGUAUAUGUGAAAUAACUUUGUGGAAACCAACUAUGCGAUAUUAAACAGUACUGAUCCGUCCUAUUGUUUCUAAAUGUUUUUCGCUGUGGCUGUGGAGUGUGGUCAAAAUUUAAGAAUUCUUUGGAGAGAAACAAAGCGAUAUUGAACUAAUUGGUAUAUGUACACUCUGCUGGAUUUGUGAACUUAUAAUCUGUUGAAAUAAGCUUUCUGAAGUGAGUUUAGCUUUUCCAAACUAUUCUUUUUGGAUGGUGGUAUCUAAGUAUAGCAGAUAUACUUUUCGUUGCUAUAACUAUAACUACUCAAAGGAAAAAAAUAUCAAGCUUUAUCAGAAACUCUAUAGUUAACUUAACCGCUGAGGUCAAAGGCCCUAAUCUUUUUACGACAUUACAAAACACCCAAAAUGAAAAAGAAAGCCACGGUCAAACAGAACUGUGGGCAUAAACCUCAAGCGUUGAGCCAGUCGGACAACAAGAGGAGACAACAUGUCAAAACGCCGGACAUGGACGCUUCCACAGAUAGGUUCACGAGGAGCUGCACACGGGAAGCCUCGGGAAAACUCGGAGCCUUGCCGAACGUCAACGUCCUGAUGAGCAGCAGAAGUCGCCAGCAGCGCACCCACCCGCAGCACGCCGAUUCUUUCGGGGAGGACACUUUCACGAAAACUAAGAACGUUACCGACGAGCCUUGCUGUGACAGAGACGCCCUCUCUCGGUCGUAUGAGGAGCAGACGUCGUUUUUGUACGGCAGAGCCCAGGCGAGUUUAAACUACAGGGGAGGGGAUAAGUCGGAGGACGACAGGGUGUCGGUGGUGGAGCACGGCUUCACCACCGAGACCCAUCGAGCUGCUCAGGGCGUCGUCUCCCCUGUCAGUGAAGCCAUACAUCCGGGUCUGGGUCAUCAAAACGAAGAAAGGGGAACCCUCGUGGAGCAUGGCGAGUACACCAAUCUCCUGGCGUCGGCCGUGAAAUUCGAGCCCAUGACCCCCGCCCACAUUCAGGGCAAAGGUCAGUUCUACCCGGAGGAGACCUACCAUGGCGUCGGCACUCGGAUGUUCACGGGUCAAAGCGACCUAGCUGAGCAGUGGGGAGAAGAAAAUGCCCGAUACUCAGACAUCGCGUGGAAGCACCAGGAAAACAACUUCGCGAAUCGCGAUUACGUGAGCUGCGUGACCAACCCCGCCGCCGCCACCACCAACAACAACAACAACGACGUGAGUUUUCUCAACGGGAACAUCAAAAACAGCUACGCCGACGAGACGGCCGACAGCUACGGCAGCCAAGCGUACUUCAGCGACAGCUCCGGCACCGUGGUCUCCACCGAGAACGGCCGACGGCGCCGGAAGCGGAUACAGACGCCGAACCAGAGGUCCGCGGCCAACAUGAGAGAGAGGCGAAGGAUGUGCCACCUGAACGUCGCGUUCGACCGCCUCAAGGAGCAUCUCCCCAACAUCAAGGACAAGAAGAAACUCUCGCGGAUUCAGACGCUGAAGGCGGCCAUCUACUACAUCCAUUUGUUGCAGGACUCACUCACAGUUUCAUAGCUGCGAUGACGCGCUUCACUGUUUCAUAACUGCAGGACUCACUCACUGUUUCAUAACUUCGGGACUCACCAAUUGUUUCACAGCCUGGUAUUUAGUUUU